AUGUCACAAAAAUUGAUAUCACUAGGAGACAUAUGUAAUCAGACAAAUAAAUUUAGCGAAAAUGUGAGUAUUAAUCUUCAGGAAGAGAGACUUAAACAAAUUGAAUGUGAUGUAAGCUACGCUGUGUCAUUGAUAAGAAGCUUUGCUGUCAAUGGUGUAAAGGAUAGAAACAGAACACUUAUGACAGAAAACAAUAUAAAGAAACAUGUUGCGUUCACUGCUGGUGCAACAAAUAGCAACUCCAUGGGCAGCUCAACUCUGUUGUUUAACAGACUUAUUUACGGUAUUGGUGGUGGUUAUGAUACAUCUACAGGUGUAUUCACAUCGCCUGAGACAGGAGUUUUUGUUUUCUUUGUUGUGGCGGUCUCAGAAUCGGACUCAGAUUUAUAUCUUAACAUAAUGUUGAUCGGUGAUGCAAAAGUGAUAACGAUGUCCUGGUAUCCUACUGGUACACAGACUGGAGACAGGCUUUAG